GUAUAUCAGUUUAACUUAAAAAAUUCAUUCGUUCGUCGGCCGUAUUCCAGAUAAGUUGCUCCUUUUUCAGAAUUUUUUCCAAAACUAAAUUUUUUAUUUUUGUUUUUUUUUUUUUUUUGGGCUGUCAGUAAUUUGUUAAUUAUUUUACAAGAUUCAAGACUGAAAUGCGCGAGAUUGUUCACAUUCAGGCGGGCCAAUGCGGCAACCAAAUAGGGGGAAAGUUUUGGGAGGUAAUAUCUGACGAGCACUGUAUAGAUGCCACCGGCACGUACUACGGCGACAGUGAUUUGCAAUUGGAGCGAAUAAAUGUGUACUACAACGAGGCGACAGGAGCGAAGUAUGUACCACGCGCCAUUCUUGUCGACCUGGAGCCCGGCACCAUGGAUUCGGUGCGCUCUGGGGCAUUUGGUCAAAUCUUCCGGCCCGACAACUUUGUCUUUGGGCAGUCGGGGGCGGGUAACAACUGGGCCAAGGGACACUACACGGAAGGGGCCGAGCUGGUGGACUCUGUGCUGGAUGUGGUGCGAAAGGAGUCGGAGGGCUGUGAUUGUCUGCAGGGCUUCCAGCUGACUCACUCGCUCGGCGGAGGCACCGGCUCGGGUAUGGGCACCCUGCUGAUCUCCAAGAUCCGCGAGGAGUACCCCGACAGAAUCAUGAACACCUUCUCGGUGGUGCCAUCGCCCAAAGUGUCGGACACGGUGGUGGAGCCCUACAAUGCCACCUUGAGUGUGCAUCAGCUGGUGGAGAACACCGAUGAGACGUACUGCAUCGACAACGAGGCGCUGUACGACAUCUGCUUUCGCACCUUGAAGCUGACCACGCCCACCUACGGAGAUCUGAAUCACUUGGUGUCGGCAACCAUGUCCGGGGUGACCACCUGCCUGCGCUUCCCGGGCCAGUUGAAUGCCGAUCUGCGCAAGCUGGCCGUGAACAUGGUGCCCUUCCCCCGGCUGCACUUCUUCAUGCCGGGCUUUGCGCCGCUGACAUCCCGCGGAUCCCAGCAGUACCGUGCCCUCACCGUGCCAGAGCUGACGCAGCAGAUGUUCGACGCCAAGAACAUGAUGGCUGCCUGCGAUCCGCGUCACGGUCGCUACCUGACAGUGGCCGCCAUCUUCCGCGGGCGCAUGUCCAUGAAGGAGGUAGACGAGCAGAUGCUGAACAUCCAGAACAAGAACAGCAGCUUCUUCGUCGAGUGGAUACCCAACAACUGCAAGACGGCCGUGUGCGAUAUCCCGCCUCGCGGUCUCAAAAUGUCGGCCACAUUCAUUGGCAACUCAACGGCCAUCCAGGAGCUGUUCAAGCGCGUCUCCGAGCAGUUUACGGCGAUGUUCCGGCGCAAGGCCUUCUUACAUUGGUACACUGGCGAGGGCAUGGACGAGAUGGAGUUCACCGAGGCGGAGAGCAACAUGAACGAUCUGGUGUCGGAGUAUCAGCAGUACCAGGAGGCCACUGCCGACGAAGAGGGCGAGUUCGACGAGGACGAGGAGGGUGGCGGCGAUGAGUAGUCGCCCUCAAUAGCACACCUUACACCCAUCGCCAACACUCACACACUUUACACCCACCGCCAACACUGACACACUUUACACCCACCGCCAACACUCACACACUUUGCACCCACCGCCAACACUCGCACACUUUACACCCACCGCCACAACACUCGCAAAGAUCAUAUCAAUCGAUUCUCAUACAAAUCCCACACUGUUCGUGUCUGUGCCAAAACACUGGGAUAUUUGGGGCCACCACUUCCACCUUACUGAUGUUGUUGCACAUAUCUUCAGUUGGAGAUGCGUUGGCUAAUAUUACGCAAAACUGCUCCUCUGGUUAGAUCACACAAACACGCAAAACCACACAAAUACCUUACACCUACACCCUGCACCUACUCAAGCCCAAAGACAUUCCUCUCUUUUAUUUUUUGUUGCAAUUGCUAGAUACCGCUCCCACACUAAUACAUACAUACAUACACAUGUAACGGUAAUAAAUCUGUUUGGAGUUUAUGCUCUA